AAGAGGCUCAAAUCAAAGAUGCUUAGUUCCAUUAUGGUCUCUUCUGCAAAUUAAAGCUCCCUUAAGACUCAAGAUCUAAUUCUGCUCUUAAAGCCCUACUUCCCCUGUCCCCCUGUAUCUGGUUGCAAGACCUAUUUCCUCAUGUGUCCUUGUGUCUGGUUGCAAGACCUACUAUCAAUGUCCCCCUGUGUCUGGUUGCAAGACCUACUACCCAUGUCCCCCUGUGUCUGGUUGCAAGACCUACUACCCAUGUCCCCCUGUGUCUGGUUGCAAGACCUACUACCCAUGUCCCCCUGUGUCUGGUUGCAAGACCUACUAACCAGGUCUCCCUGUGUCUGGUUGCAAGACCUACUACCCAUGUCUCCCUGUGUCUGGUUGCAAGACCUACUACCCAUGUCCCCCUGUGUCUGGUUGCAAGACCUUCUAACCAGGUCUCCCUGUGUCUGGUUGCAAGACCUUCUACCCAUGUCCCCCUGUGUCUGGUUGCAAGACCUUCUACCCAUGUCCCCCUGUGUCUGGUUGCAAGACCUUCUACCCAUGUCCCCCUGUGUCUGGUUGCAAGACCUUCUACCCAUGUCCCCCUGUGUCUGGUUGCAAGACCUUCUACCCAUGUCCCCCUGUGUCUGGUUGCAAGACCUUCUACCCAUGUCCCCCUGUGUCUGGUUGCAAGACCUUCUACCCAUGUCCCCCUGUGUCUGGUUGCAAGACCUUCUACCCAUGUCCCCCUGUGUCUGGUUGCAAGACCUUCUACCCAUGUCCCCCUGUGUCUGGUUGCAAGACCUUCUACCCAUGUCUCCUGUGUCUGGUUGCAAGACCUACUAACCGUGCCCCCCUGUGUCUGGUUGCAAGACCUUCUACCCAUGUCCCCCUGUGUCUGGUUGCAAGACCUUCUACCCAUGUCCCCAUGUGUGUGUCUGAUUGCAGAUUGACCUUCAGGACAUCAAGGAGGUGUACCUGUCCAAGUACCGCAAGACGCUCGGUACCUCCAUCAGCUCUGACA